UGGCGAAAAAGAACUGUGAAACAUCAAGCAGCAGCGAUACUUCGGCAAAACAGCCAACAAUAACAUCAUUGUUCGCCAGUGUGACGCCUUAUGAAAGAACUAGCCGAAGACACAAGGAGAUUACCACUGCCCGACUUACAUAUCGAAGGACAUGGUGUCUGUAAACACCGUGACCAAAGACGCAUUUAAACGUUUGCUACGCACAAUGGAUAAGAGGUAUGUUCUGCCCUCCCGCACAUACUUCAAUCAAGUUGCCAUCCCACAGCUCUACGCAGAAUGUAAUGCCAAAGUUGUAAAUGAGCUGGAAAACACGGAGUUUUAUGCGUCAACUACUGAUCUGUGGUCAAGCAGAACGACCGAGCCCUACAUGAGUUUGACCGUGCAUUUCGUCAACGCCAACUUCGAGUUGUGUAGCCUAGGGCUGAACGAUCUAUCGUUUUGGACCGAAAAUCGCGAUCUCAGACAACACGAUUUUGGGAUCGUCAAAGCUGCGGUUUUUGCUUGGUGCAUAUUAAUAAUUAUGCAGUCCUCGUGCUGCGUUCUCUAGCUUGCAGAACUAGAUAGCUAGCUUACAAUUUGUCGUCUAAUAAAUAAAGUUGAUGAACUCAAGCGAGGCAAGAAGUGUUGGUUUUUCUUCCGUUUACUUUGUUCACCAAGCAAGUAUUUAUACAGGACAUUCGUUUUUGUAAAACUGAAAACAAACAGAAACAAAGGAUACAUAAAUUUCACGAAGAUAAUAGCAUGAUACCACGAGAGCUAGCAUAGCUAAGUGACAUUAUCAUAGAGCAUGUAGAAACUAAUAUUCAUCGUAUAUUCCUAAUUAUUUACAUGGCAUUGAAUGUACUAACAAAUGAUAGACACUUACAGACUAAUAAUGUCCAAAGCUCACGCGUGAAAAGGUAGCUCUUCGAGGAGGAAUUUCGGCAGUGGCUGAAUCCGUGUGCUCUUCUAACUGAGGUCAACUCGUCAAUGAAAAAGAAACUAAACCUGCGUGACUUUGUAAAUAAUACUGUCCACUAGGUGGCAGUAUUUCCCCACAUAUAAAACCCAAAGCUACCAAAAGCUUAUGGAGGGCAGAACAAUAAUAAUAAUUUCGUCAAUAAUUUCACAUGAAUGCCCAAGGCUCUGUGUCAGCUACUGAUCAGAAAGCUGCAGGCUGCGCGUGACCAGAUCACGUGUUCGCCACCCAAGUCAGUGUGUAGCUCGUCAUUCAAUUUCAAGCAUGGCUGAAGCAGGAGCAGAAGCGGAGCCGACGAAAUUAAUAGCAAAGAAAAACAGCACGUCGGUCAUUUGGCAGUAUUUUGGAUUUGAGGCCAGUGAUGAACACCAGAAACAGGUGUUGUGCCAAACAUGUCGUGUAAAAGUGGCUACAUCGGGUGGCAAUACCACCAAUUUACAUCGCCACUUGAGAAUUCACCACCUGAACUUGUAUGAUGAGUGCAUGGCGAAAAAGAACUGUGAAACAUCAAGCAGCAGCGAUACUUCGGCAAAACAGCCAACAAUAACAUCAUUGUUCGCCAGUGUGACGCCUUAUGAAAGAACUAGCCGAAGACACAAGGAGAUUACCACUGCCCGACUUACAUAUCGAAGGACAUGGUGUCUGUAAACACCGUGACCAAAGACGCAUUUAAACGUUUGCUACGCACAAUGGAUAAGAGGUAUGUUCUGCCCUCCCGCACAUACUUCAAUCAAGUUGCCAUCCCACAGCUCUACGCAGAAUGUAAUGCCAAAGUUGUAAAUGAGCUGGAAAACACGGAGUUUUAUGCGUCAACUACUGAUCUGUGGUCAAGCAGAACGACCGAGCCCUACAUGAGUUUGACCGUGCAUUUCGUCAACGCCAACUUCGAGUUGUGUAGCCGCUGCCUGCAGACAGCAUACUUCCCCACUGACCAUACCGGGGAGAAUAUUGCCAUGGGGCUGAAGGAGUGCUUGGCCAACUGGGGUCUAAAAGAAGAGGCCCAGACGUGCAUAACAACAGACAACGCUUCAAAUAUGGUCAAAGCAAUGGGACUUAACCAAUGGACCAGACUGCAGUGCUUUGGACACAGGCUGCAUCUUGCAAUUGGUAAGUACAAGAAUGUGUGUUUGUGCGAGUGUGUAUGUUUACAAGGUUACUACAAGUGUGAGAGUUCGUAUUAUCUGGGGACGAAGCGCCGGGAAGUUUGUUGUCAAGCUGUCGUUAGCUGACCAACUGUUAGCGCAAUGCUACUUUAACAUACUGUUUAUCCUAGGGAGAAAAAUGAACCCUUUCAUCGAAAAUGCUGUCAAAGAUGAGCAAAGAAUCAAACGGGCCACAGGACUUUGCAAGCAGCUGGUUGCGGUCUUCACUCACAGCUGGAAGAAGAAGGCGGCACUAAAACAGGCACAGCAAGACUUGAACCUACCUCAACAGUCACUGGUCACUGAAUGUCCGACACGAUGGGGCUCCGGGCAGAAAAUGAUUGGGAGGGUGUUGGAGCAGAGCAAGGCACUGUGCCAGGUUCUGUCUGAAGACAGGAAGACGCGGCACCUGGUCCCCACUUGGCAAGACACAGAUGUCCUUGAAUCUGUAAACAAUGCCCUCGGUCCUCCUCAGGAGUUCAAAGACGCCCUCUCAGGUGAGGACUACGUAAGCGUGUCAUACCUGAAGCCAGUGCUCCAUCUCCUCAGAACAGCAACGCUUGCUGAAACUGACCAGGACACGAAUCUCACCAAGGAGAUCAAAUCAAGAGCUCUCCACUACAUUGAAGAGAAAUACAGCGACCCAGUGACACAGGAGCUCUUGGACAUCACAUCCUUCCUUGAUCCAAGAUUCAAGAAGAGCUACAUAAGUGAAGAGAAUGUCCCAUACAUCAAAGACAGAGUGAAGAUGGAAAUGGAACAGGUGGCACAAAAGUUGUGUGUCACAACCCAUCCCAUGCCCCUGAGUGCAGAAGAAGAACCACCAUCCACCUCUACAAAGCGAAAGCGGUCACUGGGCAGCUUUUUCAAGACCAAGGCGGUCCCUGCUUCCUCUACUGUGCAGUUGGAGGAUACCAUUAAAGCAGAACUGGACAACUACCUCAUAACUCCUACCAUUGAUGGAGAGCAAGAUCCACUGGCCUGGUGGAGAGUGCACAAUGUCAACUUCCCAUGGCUUAGCAAGUUGGCUCGUAAGUACCUUUGCAUACCAGCAACGAGUGCACCAUCAGAGAGACUGUUCAGUGCCAGUGGCAAUAUUGUCACAUGUCAGCGUGCAAGUCUGAAGCCAGCAAAGGUUGACAUGUUGGUUUUCUUGGCCAAAAAUCUGGGGAAGGGGAAGAUUUAUUGAUUUUUGUUGUUGUUCUUCUGCACCUUACCCUGACAUGUCUUUGUUCCAUUAAAAAAGGUGUUCACUCUUUUUUACUUAUCUUUUGUUUACCGACUAGAUGUUAAAUAAUUUAACCAGUUGGACAUCUUUUGUUGAUGAGGAAACUGUAGGGUCAUUUAAACUUUUUAAAUUAUUAUUAUUAUUAUUUAUUUUUACUACCUUUACAUUUCACUUCCUCUUGCCACUUUAUUUGAAGAAGAAGCACAGGUUUCUGAAUACACGGGUUGAAUAUCUGUAACUGCUGCUGAUGUUGAGGUUCAUAAGCUAGCUCCUUUGAGCCAUUUUGCACUACUUUUAAGGUAAGACUUCUUUUUUUUGCUCCACUUUGUUGUUACACUGAAACUUGUUUCAAUAAAAAAAAUCGUGGUUGAAAUCGAAAUCGCAAUCUCUGCCAGAAAAAUCGCAAUUUCAAUUUUUUCUUAAAAUCGUUCAG